UUGGCUGCUCUAUUACACAAGCAAGAUACUGCCUGCCAGGCAGCCAGCCAGUGAGCCAGCUAGCCCCACCUAAUUUUGUUUCUCUAGCAUCUGCCUAUGUCCUGCUCAAAGCCACACUGUCACACUUAACCCACCUGCUCUUUCAUGUGCUGAGGACUCAUUCCAGCUAGGCCAACUUGAUAUUUGGUUCCCUGUCUAUAAACACCUGUUACUUCUGAAAGAUUCCUCAUACUAAAACCAAUACCAAAGAAGGCUGACAUGUUGACCUUAGCCCAGAUUGCAUUUAUUUCAAUUCUCUUCAUUUCAUUACCAUUUUGGAGCUCUGAGAAACAAAAUCCAGGAAGAAAUGCAACUCUGUACACCAUAGAAGAUUUGAAAACAAGGGGAAACAAAUCUAUUCCUUUCAAAAGAAUCACAAAUGUAACUUCAGAGAAUGAACGUAGUAACGGCUCCAAAUCCAUGCUGACAGAUACCUCUCCUUUGGAUCUACCCACAACCUAUGAAAUAAUAAGUUCCACUAGUAGCUGGCCAACAGCUAGAUCUACUGAGGGUCCAACACCUACCUCCACAUAUUCUACCCCUCCCUUGGCUCAAGGCUUUGUUUCCAAGUCACCUUUGAAUUCAUCUACAGCACAUUUGAAUCCUUUACAUGUCUCAGGACCUUCCAAUCCUAUACAUCCCACAUCAUCAGGAAACUUUACUUGGUCUCUAGACAAUGAUACCAUGAACAUUCCUGACAACAUUUCUAGUACAGUCAGCAUCCUCCCUCUGCCUCCAAUGACCACACCUGUGACCCCUUUGACUAUUGAACCUACUGGAUGGCUUGCCACAAACAAUGAUGACUUUGCUGGUUUUACCCCAUAUCAAGAAAAAACAACUUUACAGCCUACCUUAAAAUUCACCAAUAAUUCAAAACUUUUUUCUGACUCAUCAGACACCCAAAAAGGGAAUAAAAAUACAGGAAUAAUAUUUGGAGCCAUUUUAGGGGGAAUUCUGGGUGCUUCCCUGCUUAGCCUUGUUGGCUAUUUAUUGUGUGGACAACGGAAAACAGAUUCAUUUUCCCAUCGGCGACUUUAUGAUGACAGAAAUGAACCAGUUCUGCGAUUAGACAAUGCACCAGAACCUUAUGAUGUCAAUUUUGGAAAUUCUAGUUAUUACAACUCAGCUGUGAGUGAUUCAUCCAUGCCAGAAGGUGGAGAAAGUGUGCAUGAUGGCAUUCCCAUGGAUGAUAUACCUCCACUUCGAACCUCAAUAUAACACUAGGAGAAAAAUGGCUGCAGAGGACGAUAGUUCACCUCCAUCUUGACCUUUUAGUAAAUUCACUUUUCAAGAAGUUUGGCAAAUCAUUGCUGUGCUACCUGCGCAGGGAGAGCUGCA